CCGAUCAAGCACAAAACGACAAAAUUUUCGUCACUCCUGCUCAGAAGAAUCAGAAAAAUCUUUUCGCAUAUUUAGACCCUUGUUCACACACCGGUCUCUUUGCAAGGGGGGGAGGUUGAAUUGUGUCUGAAAAAUAUCAUGAAGGUAUACAGCCCAAGCCAAAUCCUUGCAGAAAGAGGCCCUAGGGCCCAGGCCAUGGGAAACCUGUAUCACACCCAUCAUCUCCUUCCAAACCAGUGUUCCUCCUUGGUGGUUCAGACCACAGACGCACCACUGCCCCAGGUUUGGUCCAUGGUUCGGCGCUUUGACAGGCCACAGUCCUACAAGAGGUUUGUGCGUGGUUGCACCCUGCGUCGAGGCAAAGGCGGCGUCGGAAGCGUACGUGAAGUGAAUAUAGUUUCGGGCUUACCAGCGGAAAUAAGCCUGGAGCGCCUCGACAAACUUGAUGACGAUUUGCAUGUCAUGCGGUUUACUGUAAUUGGAGGGGACCACCGGCUGGCCAAUUAUCACUCGACUCUUACACUGCAUGAGGAUGAAGAAGACGGGGUUAGGAAGACUGUAGUGAUGGAGUCGUACGUGGUGGAUGUUCCUGGCGGGAAUAGCGCGGGGGAGACGUGCUACUUUGCUAAUACCAUAAUAGGGUUCAACCUCAAGGCCUUGGCUGCCGUCACCGAGACUAUGGCUCUCAAAGCUAAUAUUCCGUCUGGGUUUUAAAUUUUGCGUUGCAAACAAACAGCGCUCAUCAUGUGUCUCUGUGUAGGCGUAAUCUAAGCAGAAAUAUGAUGAGAACAGUUUAGGUUUUGCUUUACCAAAAUCUCCAAAUAGUGAUGAUCGAUGUACUUUGUUUUGUUUUGUUUUGUUUUGUUAGUUUCAAUGUGAGUAGCACUACCAAUACUUAGUGCUGUUUUUG